AAGCACUAAACGGCUACUCCGGCUGUAGAAAAAGAAAAUGUGCUUUCGUAGGUAGAUGAGUAAAGGGAACUCCCUGAAGCUAGUAACUAGCUAGCAAAGUGUGGGAACAUGGAAGAUGAGGAGAUAGCUGAAAGCUGGGAAGAAGCUGCCGACAGUGGGGAAAUGGAGAGACGGUUGGAGGAGAAACUACACAUCAGUCAAAAAGAGAGACUAUCAAGUGGGAGUUCAGGUCGCUCACCAAUAAAGACUAUCAUGCUCCAAGACGACUCCCUUCCAGCUGCACCACCUCCACAAAUCCGCAUUUUAAAACGACCCACCAGCAACGGAUCCUUGGGGCCAUCUGUAACACAGAACCGACCCUCACCACAAGUGAAGUCUUUAGCUCAGAGAGAGGCGGAAUAUGCUGAAGCCAGGAAACGAAUCCUUGGCAGUGCCGAUGACACACCUCAGGAGAGACCUGCGUCAGAGAGGUCACCACGUGCAGGAAACCAUACACCUUCAGAGGACACGAGAUCAAACAACCACGUAGUUCGGCAGCCAGCAGGUCCAGAUGGUACACAAGGCUUUCGCCAGCGCAGAUAGGAACAAUAAAGGCCUGGGAGAACAGGAGAGCUCUUGGUCCAUCUCCUAACAAAAGGUUCAAAUUCGGAUCAUUUAAAAAAAACAACAACAUAUUUAGGAUGUGGGAUUUUUAUGAAAUGAGAAGACCUCAUCCUCACCCGUCAGGGCUCCUGAGCCAGUGUGGAAUGUAAAAGGGGAGGAGAUAUAACAUGGAAGAGCAAAUUUACACUGUGAUGAGGACGACUUCCAGACACUGCUCACUGUGAUCCCCCUCCUCUCCCAAAAAGAAACACUUAAUCAGUUUCCCUCAAUACCUUAACUUACUGUGACUGGUGACCCGUCUGCCAACGGACAGCUUUUGACCUUGAAGUGGUCUGGCGAUAAGUCAUGACCCCGUCUUUGAGGAAGACGUUUGGAGCAGAGUGCGAUGCCACAUUAUGGUGAGGCUGUGCUGGAAGUGUUGUAAGAUGUAGCACAGGUCACCAGCUCUCAGCAAUAAUAUUAAGGCUAUUUCUCUGAUCAUUUUUCAUUUUGUUUUUUUUUCCAGACUGCUCUUCCCAAGCUUUUGUAUUAGUUAUUUUUGGUUUAUUUUGUUUUAACAUAGUCAGCUAAAUGCCAUACAUUUUUAAUGGGGAAGGGAAUGGUGAGGGUUCAGUGGAAACAAGUCUCUUAAGUUUUGUUUACAAUUGUUAUUAAUAUUAUUAUUAUUAUUAUUAUUAUUAUUUUAAUCCUGGGUCUUCCUAUGACUGUCCUGGUUUCUAUAUAAAAGAAAUUAAGAAGAAGAAUAAAAAAAAAAAACACAAAUUAGUUAAGGGGGGGGAUACUUUUCUGCCUUUUUAUAUUAUUUGGGAAGGUAAGAAUAUUUAAGGAUAUCAGUUUCAAAUUGAGUAAUAAAUUCUUGUGGUCUUGGAGAGAAUCAAAGGGGGAGGGGAAAUUGCUGGUUCCUUUUGUAUCUGCUGAUAACUUUCAUUGUAUUUGCUGAAGUAGGAACUCAGGUCACUGACUGAAUCAAAUAUCUAUUGAUUAGUUUUUAGUAGCGGUGCAUGUGGAUCAUCUGCCACAAGGACACUUCAAACUGGAGUACUGGAUAGCAUAUAAGAAAUAAUUUAACGGUUGUGUUUUGUUUUGUUUUUUUUUAAAGAAAAUUAGACAAUGUGCCCCAUUAGCAGUUCGUGUUCGUGCUGUAUUUCAACAAACAGUAAGCACCAUACUACCACAUUGCAUCUCGCUGCCUUUCUCUCUUUAGUUUCUUAUACUAGUCACAAACUCCAUCCCUCCUUGCUGUGUUGUCAUAUAAAUCUUUGUUGGAAUAAUAUAGAUUUGUACGGGAAUGUACCCUUUAAUCUUUGCAAAUGUUCAUCUGUUAUACUGUAUCAAAUCAACCAGAACGAUUUAUGAGCUGUUCAUGAACAUGGACACCUACUUGUAAAUACUUUACAAAAUGCCCAUUUAAUAAAGACUUUUUAAGGUAAUGAA